AUGGCUGCCGAGAUCGCAGUUGAUAACGACUACUACACCCUUGAGAAAACGGUGGCUGCAGACGAUGAUUGGAAGUCCGAUACGACCUCACUGGCCUCAGAGGUUGCCAGGGGUCGCCUGGAAAAUGGACGUAGAUAUCAAUCGCUGAAGUCGGAGGAGUACUGGAGCCCGUCGGAUGACCAGCAAUUCGAGGCCUAUGAGACUGGUCAUCUCGUGGCAAUUCUGCUGGAUUAUCAUCAGCGUAAUAUGCUGCACCGGGCUCCUCUGAAAGACCCGAAGAAUAUCCUCGACGUGGGAACUGGCAAAGGUAGCUGGGCUAUCGAUAUGGCGGAUACCUAUCCUAGUGCUACCGUCCGUGGAGUUGAUCUGUCUCCCCCUCCGGUCACCUGGAUGCCUCCAAAUUGUGUAUUUGAGCUGGACGACCUCUUGCAAGAGUGGACCUGGUCCGAGCCAUUCGAUUUUAUUUAUUUGCGCCAUAUGCUGGGAUCGUUCGAUGAGGAGGGGUGGAACACACUGUAUAAGCGCUGCUACGACAACCUUGCACCCGGUGGUUGGAUCGAAGAAUUUGAACUCGAUAUCAGUGUCAAGACCGAUGACAAUUCUUUGGCAGAGGAUUCGGAGCUGGCAAAAUGGGGAGAAAACUUUAAGGGCUGCUCUGAACGAGCCGGGCGUUCCUUGACCGUCCAAGAAACCAUGCGAUCGAAGAUUGAGAAAGCCGGUUUCAUCGACGUGCAUGAGCAGGUGUACAAGGUUCCUAUUGGGCCUUGGGCUAAAGAUAAAGUGUAUAAGGAGGUUGGACAGCUCAAUUACCACCACUGGGUGACGGGUAUGGAGGGAUAUGCCAUGUGGUUGCUCACUAAAUUUGGUGCUCCCAGUCCUUGGACACCUGAUGAGGUGCAGGUUUAUCUCGCGAAGGUUCGGGCAGAAAUGAAAAACCCCCAUAUUCAUGGCUGGCAUUACGGGCGAAAGGUCUGGGCCAGGAAGCCCAGAGCUGAUGAGCUUGGUACGAGGCCUAAGGAGGAGCCCGAGGAGACUGUGAUCAAGCCCGAACCGUCCCCGUGA